UCAGGCUAAACCCUGGUGUGUUGACAACGUUCACGUUCGCUGUUCUUAAACAAAGAGGCACGUUGUGCUUUACGUUUAUUAUAUUCGAAAUAGACAAGGAAACGUAUUUAAUGUGAAUUGGUUUAUAGUCAUAAUAUUCUAUGUACAUACCGUAAAUGGGCGUGACAACGGCUCAGCUUCCGGUUUGUGAAUGUAGCUGUCAGACUCCAACAUCUUUGUGACGAGGAACCACCUCAUCAGUAGCAAGCAUUAGCAUGAGCGAAGGAGACGUGUUUCAUGAGAAGCAACGACUGGAGCUGUGCGCCAUCCAUGCACUCAACAACGUGCUCCAGGAGCGGGUGUUUACCAAGGAGACAGCCGAUGACAUCUGCAAGCGGCUGGCUCCACAGUGUGUGGUGAACCCUCAUCGGUCAGUGUUAGGCACUGGAAACUAUGAUGUCAAUGUCAUUAUGGCAGCACUACAGAGCAGAGAACUGGCUUCAGUGUGGUGGGACAAACGCAGGUCAGUUGAGAGUCUUUGUGUGUCAAAGGUCCAAGGCUUUAUUCUUAAUGUCCCAUCUCGGGUAUCACUCGGGAUUGUGUCCCUCCCGCUUCGGCGACGGCACUGGCUAGCAGUUCGCCAAGUAGAUGGACAAUACUACAACCUGGACUCCAAACUGAAGAGUCCCCUGUGUAUCGGCGGAGAAGCAGAGCUACGCUCAUUUCUCAGUGAACAGCUUUCUCAGGACGUGGCAGAAAUGCUCUUGGUUGUCCAGCGGGAGGUGGAGGAGGACGGUUCGUGGUUAAACUCUGACUCCCCCAAAAAAUAAUGCCUCAGGACAGGACAUGCCUUUUUUUUUUACUUAAGCAUGGGGGAAAAAAAUCCUCUGGGAAAAUGACAGACAUUUUUUUCUCUUAAAAAACACCUCAUUGCAAAAACCUCUUCAGGGAAUGCACUUAAAUAUAUCUACAAACAUACUCACAGAGGGAGUUCCAAAGAAAAGCAGAGACAGGCUUUUACUUUGAAAAUGAAGAACUGUUGUGAUUGUUACAGUUGUAAAAAAACAAUUGCUCUGAUUUGAAGCCUGUCCUUGCACUGUCCUGCUCUUUGUACAUUUGUUUGAAAAGGUGCAUCUAAGCUAACAAUUUUGCAAGUAUGAAGCCACUGUGGGCAAGUUUGAUGAUACUUGAGACAAUGCUGUAUGUCUGAAUUUUAACAGUAAUUGUUGUAGAUAGCAUUUGUGCAUGCAGAUGUGCAUUCAUAGCAAAGGUAACUGGACAUUUCUUUUUUUUAUUACUAAAACCUUGUAUGGAAUCUGCUUCAUAUAUACUGUAGAUGAUGUCAUUGGACUGUUAUGACCCAGUCACCAAAUAAUCUGUGUUUACAAGAUUGUAAAGUGGAAAUGUAUUUGUGAAUCAAGCAGCACCUGCGUGAACCGUCUGUUAAUUGUAAACGUUCUAUGCACUUACAGAGUUAAAUUUGUUAGCACUGCUCGUCUCUGUGUGUUUUAGUGCAGGCAGGUUCUGUGAAGGUUUGACAUUGAAGGACGAAACCAGUGUCUUUGCAUGUUUUUUGUUACCACAAAUUAUUCAUAUUAUUUUUCGCCGAUUACAACAUUAUGUACAGAUCUUUGGAAUGUGUUUCUCUGAUUCUGCAGCCAGCAUUUGUUUCCCUGUAUUUAUCACAGGACGCAGUUCAAUUGUAGUAUGGUAGUUUAGUUUAGUCCACACAGUAAUAAUAAAGCUUUGACCACAUUAAUAGUGGAAAUAGUGUUCGUCGUGAUGGGUUAUCUCAUGCUGCUAUGACUCAGCUGUGUUCAGGUUGAAAUCAUUUCUUAUAGGAAACAAUGCUGGAAUGUAGAGUCCAUUAUUCUUUAUUAGUUGUAUAAGUUGUGGUGUUAAACAUGCAGAAACACUGGUGCUUCAACUUAAUGUUUGUAUCUUUGUCUUUUUUGAUCUAUGCAUAUCCCAAAAAAUCUCCAGUACACACUAACCACACAUGUAAACCUCAACUCAAACGUAUUUAUAGUAAAGUUGAAUCUCCUGUUUUAUGAA